ACGCACGUAAGAUGAUGGACGGCUGGCCGCCGCUGCUGCUGCUGGCUCUCCUCGCCAUUGCGGGAGGUGGCCUCGGGGCAGACACAGAGGAGCGGUUGGUAGAGCAUCUCCUAAACCCAGCCCACUACAACAAACUGAUCCGUCCUGCGACUAAUGGCUCUGAGCUGGUUACUGUGCAGCUGAUGGUGUCGUUGGCCCAACUCAUCAGCGUGCAUGAAAGAGAACAGGUGAUGACCACCAAUGUCUGGCUAACACAGGAGUGGCAGGACUAUCGUCUGACUUGGGUCCCAGAGGAGUUUGAUGGAAUGUUGAAGGUCAGGCUGCCCUCAAAACACAUCUGGCUGCCUGAUGUGGUGCUCUACAACAAUGCUGAUGGGGUAUAUGAGGUGUCGUUCUACUCCAACGCGGUGGUCUCCUACGAUGGCAGUAUCUUUUGGUUGCCCCCAGCCAUCUAUAAGUCAGCCUGUAAGAUCGAGGUCAAGCACUUCCCCUUUGACCAGCAGAACUGCACUCUGCGCUUCCGCUCCUGGACUUACGACCGCACUGAGAUCGACCUGGUACUCCGUGCUGACGUGGCCAGCAUGGACGACUUUACGCCCAGUGGGGAGUGGGACAUCAUUGCCCUGCCUGGUAGACGAAACGAGAACCCAGCUGACCCCACUUAUGUGGACAUCACGUAUGACUUCAUCAUUCGCAGGAAGCCUCUUUUUUACACCAUCAACCUCAUCAUCCCAUGUGUGCUCAUCACCUCGCUGGCAAUCCUGGUCUUCUACCUGCCCUCUGACUGUGGAGAGAAGAUGACGCUCUGCAUCUCCGUGCUGCUGGCUCUCACUGUGUUUUUGCUGCUGAUCUCUAAGAUUGUCCCACCCACUUCAUUAGACGUUCCCCUCGUGGGGAAGUACCUGAUGUUCACAAUGGUCCUAGUCACUUUCUCUAUCGUCACCAGUGUGUGUGUGCUCAACGUACACCACCGCUCGCCCACCACACACACCAUGCCCCCUUGGGUUAAACUGGUGUUCCUCAACAAGCUUCCUGCCUUACUCUUCAUGCGCCAGCCCAGGAACAGCUGUGAGCGCCAGCGGCUGCGCCAAAGAAGGAGGGCCCAGGAACAGAAGGAGGGUGGCCGCAGCGGGGAGGCAGGGGCUUUGAUGGUGGGGCUCGGGCUAGGCAGUGCUGGCGGGAAUGGAGGGGCAACAUCCACAGGGAUGUUUGGCAAGGAGGACAGUGACCCUUGUACCUGCUAUGUGAACCGGGCAUCUGUUAAACAGUUUGGAGGGGAUCUGGGAGGCGCAGGGGGAUCCAUGGAUGGUCUGAACAGGGUUAGAGAGGGCCGGGACGGGAGCUCUGGAAACCUGCCGCGAGGGAAGCAAGCAACAGGAGGUCCUGCUCUGACUCAGGCCCUCCUGGCUCAAGCCUGUCCAGGCUUUGAGGAGGCUGUAGAAGGAGUACGCUUUAUCGCCAACCACAUGAAGAGUGAAGAUGAUGAUCAGAGUGUGAGCGAGGACUGGAAGUACGUUGCCAUGGUGAUCGACCGCCUCUUCCUGUGGAUCUUUGUGUUUGUGUGCGUGUUCGGCACAGUGGGCAUGUUCAUGCAGCCGCUCUUCCAGAAUUACACAGCCAAGACCAUCACCAGCUCGCCGGGCUGA